ACCUUGUUUGUAAAUAUAUAUCUUCAUAACUUAAAAACACUCGUCUGAUUCAAUUCUCCCUUCUGUCAAAACAAACCGCAACGAAUAUUCUUUGUUUUCUUUAUCGUCAUCACAGAUCCCUCACAAUCAUUACAACCCACUUUGAAUUCUGCAUAGAAGCUUCAGUUUUCUAUACAUAUAGAGGGAGGAGAGCGGUUGAAUCGCUUGCUGUUGUUGGAAUUUUUUUGAUUUCGUAGCGGUUCCAUCUUUAUAUAACACUCUGAAUUACGAUGGGGCCGCCUCAGUGCAUAUUGGUCACCGGUGGUGCUGGUUAUAUAGGGAGCCAUACUGUUUUGCAGCUAUUGUUGGAAGGUCACAAGACGGUCGUCGUUGACAAUUUUGAUAAUUCAUCUCAAGUUGCUAUCAAUCGAGUUCAGAAACUCGCCGGUGAUCAUGGCCGUAACCUGUCUUUUCAAAAGAUGGACAUCCGGAAUAAGACUGCAUUAGAGGAGCUUUUUUCGUCCACAAAGUUUGACGCUGUUAUUCAUUUUUCUGGAUUAAAGGCGGUUGGUGAAAGUGUGAAGAAUCCCUUGAUCUAUUAUGACAACAAUAUCAUUGGUACUUUAAUUCUAUUGGAAGUUAUGAAUGCCCAUGGAUGCAAGAAGCUUGUGUUUUCAUCAUCAGCCACUGUUUAUGGUUGGCCAAAGGAGGUCCCGUGCACUGAAGAGUUUCCUUUAUCUGCAGCCAACCCAUAUGGACGAACCAAGCUCAUGAUCGAGGAAAUAUGCCAAGAUAUAUAUGCUUCCGACUCUAAAUGGAAAAUUAUAUUGUUGCGGUAUUUCAACCCUGUUGGUGCACACCCUAGUGGUCAAAUUGGCGAAGAUCCUCGUGGGGUCCCAAAUAAUCUUAUGCCCUUUGUCCAGCAAGUAGCCGUUGGCAGACUACCUACACUUAAAGUAUUUGGAACUGACUACUCAACGAAAGACGGAACAGGGGUACGUGAUUACAUCCAUGUCGUAGAUUUAGCAGAUGGACACACUGCUGCAUUGAGGAAACUCUCCGACCCUAAAAUAGGUUGUGAAGUCUACAACUUGGGAACAGGAAAAGGCACAUCUGUUUUGGAGAUGGUAGCAGCAUUUGAAAAGGCAUCAGGAAAGCGAAUUCCUCUCGUAAUGGCUGGUCGUCGACCUGGUGAUGCUGAGGUCGUAUAUGCAUCAACAGGAAAGGCAGAACGUGAUUUGAACUGGAAGGCAAAGUAUGGAAUAGAUGAUAUGUGCAGAGAUCAGUGGAACUGGGCCAGCAAGAAUCCCUAUGGUUAUCUAACCAAAGAUGAAGCCAAGUAAAGACUACAAACUGGAUGAUUCAUUUAGCGUUCAUAUUUUAUGGUAGUUUUUGAUGGUUUCUGCUAAAUACUUCGAAGUUAUGAACUCAUGGGUCUCCUGAUUAGCAUUAGGGUUAGCAUCAUCAGUGAUGUUUUCCUAGUUUCAUUCUUCUUUCUCUUUUCUGUAAUUACUAGUUGGCUGUUUUUUUUUCUGGUUUUCUUCGUAGAAGUUAAGGUAACCGGGCUAAUGCAGAAAGAGUCAAACAAAGCUAAGAACAAAUGGGGGACUGUAGUUAGUCGUUUAUCGUACAAAUAGUUCGGUUUCUUGUAUAUGAAAUAUGGUAUCUGUGUAGCAAUGGAUAUUGGGUAGGGAUGGUAAAAUUUCUUUAUUCAUUAUUAUUGAAUCUAAUACAGUCAAGAUUAUUGCUUUCUGCA